AAAAUAAAAAGAGCAUUAAAAUCUUUAACAAUUUUUAUUAUGUAUUACACGUUAAAGAUGCGCGCGCAGUUUCAAGUCAAAAUCAAAUAUAAUUGGUUAUCGUAUCUUUGCAAAGACAUUCUAUUGGUUAGAUUUUUAUUCGUGCAAUCUUAUUGAAUGAAAUAGAAACUCACCGAUUCAUAGAAAUAACACUAACGAGUACCAAUUUGAAUUCAAUCAAAACUUUAGUCGUUAUUAUAGUUGAAUGUAUGAAUUAAAAUAAUAUAACUAUUAGAUUUAUGUUUAUAGUAAUUUAAAGUAUCAUUUGUAAUUCAUCAAUCUAAACAAUAAUGGAUUCUGAUUUGGAAGAACUUCAAAAUUUGUUGCGUGAUAUUAAUUUUCCAUCAAGCAUACGUGAUCUUAAAAAUCCUACAGAGGAAUUUGUUAUGAAUUUAAUUGUAACAUUUUUAACAUGGCUUAAAAUUGAUGUUGAUGUAAUUAAUAAACCAACUUUUGAACAACAAUUAGCAAUGUCAAGUAUUGAGGAUACUGAUAUUGUAAGCAUUAUUAAUUUACAUGUAUCAAUAAAACAAAUAUGUGACAGAAUAUUUAUACAAAAUUUUUGUAUAAGCGACAUUACUAGCGGUGGUUCUAAAAGGAUAUGUAAAAUUGCAAGAUAUUUAGCAAAUUUUAUGGUUUAUGUAAGUAAUAAAGAAAUGGAUAUCGAAGGUCUUAUUAAUGAAAUACGUGACAAAGUUAAACAGUUGGAUGAAUUGAAUGAAAAAAAGAAUAAUAGGCAAAAGUUAAGAAAUGAAAUCAAAUUGAACAUUUCUAAACAAUUAUUCUUAAAGGAAAAGUACAAGAAAGAAAUAGAAAAAAUGCGUUCACUUAUUGAGGACAAUGAAACAAAAAAACUUGAAUUACAAGAAGAAAUAUUGAAUGCAGAAGAAAAAAGAAAACAAAUAUUAGAAGAAUAUAAUGCUCAUAAAGUUGAAGCUCAAAAGCUCGACCAAACAAUAGCAGAAUUAAGAUUAGAAGUAGUUUCAUCUCCGGAAGAAUAUAAUACACGUUUGUGCGAUUUAGAAGAACAACGUAAGAAAAAAAUUGAAGAGAAAAAAAUGAUGGAAAAAACAUUUUUGACCAAAAAUGAAUUGGAUAAAAGAUACGAGAAUUUGUUAUCAUUCGUUCAAAAACAAUAUGAAAAGAUUUCAGAGAUAAAGGAUAUAUAUGAAUAUUUACAGAAGAAAAAUGUACAAGGUGAAAAUAUUCGAAAGCAAGUUGAUACAAUGCAAGUUCUUAUUACACAAUUAACAGAAAAACACAAAGAUCAAGAAAAUAAUCAAGGAUCUACCAUCGAUGAGAUUUACGUUCAAACCAAAGAAAGAUUAAACACAGUUCGUGAAUUACAUUCACAAUUGUUAAGUAAAAAAAAAUUAGCACUAAGUCAAUUUGAAGAAAAUAAAGGUUUAUAUAAUGACGUAUCUAUGGAUAAAAAUAAAAUUCAAGAUCUUAUAAAAAAGGUAGAAGAAGAAACAUCUAAUUUUACAAAGAAUUGUCAAGAACUUUAUAAUCAGGAAAUUCGGACUGAAGUCAAUUUACGGAAACAUUUCAACAGUGUUCUUGGGAACAAUAAUAGUAACUAAUAAUAAAUGUAUAUAUAUAUAAUACUUUAG